AUGGAGCUGGAUUCAGCACUGCGUACACUCAAUCAGAGUAUGCUGUUCUCUGGGCCUGGGCCCUUUGUUCUGCUGGGAGUGCCAGGAUUAGAAGCCUUGCAUGCCUGGAUUUCUGUGCCUGUGUGUGUGCUGUAUGUGGCAGCCUUGUCAGGAAAUGCCCUUCUAUUAGGGCUGGUGGUAGCUGACAAGGCAUUUCGAACACCUAUGUACCAACUUUUGGGGCUUUUGGCAGCUACCGACUUGAUUCUGGCCACGUCCACUGUGCCCAAAGCUCUGGCUGUGCUCUGGGGCUUGUCAGGUGAGAUCUCUUUUGGGGCCUGCUUAACUCAGCUCUUCGUCGCCCAUGUUGCCUUCAUUGCUGAGUCCACAGUGCUGCUGGCCAUGGCUAUGGACCGCUAUGUGGCCAUUUGCCAGCCUCUGCGCUAUGGGGCAUUGCUAACCCAGCGUGUGGUAGGUACAGUGGCUGUGGCUGCUGUGGCCCGUGGUGCCUGUGUCAUGACACCCCCUGUGGUCCUGCUCCAGAGACUGCCUUACUGUGGGCAGCGGGUUCUGCCCCACACCUACUGUGAGCACAUGGGUGUGGCUCGGUUGGCAUGUGGGGACACACGUCCCAACGUCUGGUAUGGACUGGCCACUACACUGCUUUCCCCAGUCCUGGAUUUAGGGCUCAUCGGUGCUUCCUAUGCCCUCAUCCUCCAUGCUGUCUGCCAUCUGCCAUCCCAUGGAGCCCGCAGCAAGGCCCUGAGUACCUGUGGAGCACAUGCCAGUGUCAUUGCUCUCUUCUACACACCUGCCCUCUUCUCUUUCCUGGCUCAUCGUUUUGGUCGCUACACGGUGCCCAGCCACAUCCAUAUCCUACUGGCUAACCUCUACAUGGUGGUUCCCCCAGCCCUCAAUCCUGUGGUCUAUGGAGUACGGACCCAGCAGAUUGCUCAGAGGCUCAGGCACUUGCUUCAUCUCUGCUGGACAGGGUCAAUGAGGAAGGUGAGCCCUGAGAUGGCCUCACCACAGGAAUAA